AUGUCUCGAAUCCUACGCGUAGCCAUCCUAGAGUGCGAAACGCUCACCCUCCUCCCAAAAGCCAAAGCCGCCCGCGGCUCAUUCGGCGACAUCUUCCACGACUUCUUCGCCUACGGCCUCCAGGGCCUCGGGCCAGAGGCAGCCGAUGUGCGGCUUGACGUGAGCAAGUGGGACACCAUGGCAGGCGAAUAUCCUCGGAUAGAGGAUGUAGAUGUAAUUGCUCUCACAGGAAGCUACGGCACAGCCUUCCACAACGACCCCUGGAUCGUAACUCUCGUCGACUUCCUCGAACUCGCCCUCAAGUCAACAGACAAAAAGAUAUUCGGCAUCUGCUUCGGCCAUCAAGUCAUCGGCCGCGCCCUCGGAGCCGACGUCAACCGCAACCGGCUUGGCUGGGAACUCUCCGUCGAAGGCGUUUCUCUAAACGACCAAGGCCAGGAGCUUCUUGGUGUCCCGUCACUGAAACUGCAUCAGAUGCAUCGCGAUGCUGUACUUACCGUCCCUUCUGGCAUCGCCAACCUCGGCUCCAGCACAAAAUGCCCCGUACAGAUCCUCUAUAAGCCCGGCCGGCUGCUUUCGUUCCAGGGACACCCCGAAUUCGACGAGCUCAUCAACGAGGAGAUUAUCAGGGGGGACAAGGACACCGGGCAUGUCUUUGACGACGAAACGUUCCAGGACGCCCUCGGGCGUGUCAGCCGGCCCCAUGAUGGGCUUCUCAUGGCGAGCCGCGUCAUGGAAUUCUUUCUUGGUAGCAGGAAGUGGAAUGAGGCGGGAGAGUCAAGGUCGACAUGA